CGACGGCAGUUGAAAGCAUCGUGAAUCUGGGUUUCUCUCCUCGCUAAGUAGAACAGGUCAGUACCCACAGAGGGACAGACAAGCGGUCAGAGACUGAGAGGGGGAGGGCAGAAAAAGGCGUCAGAGGGUGAGAGGAAGCUGGAGAAUCUGGAAUCAGCGCCGCCGAACAGAGAAGCAGAGACCCAAACAUUUGCUUUCAUUUGACCACUGGACAGUCCACCGCCAGCUGCACAGGUAGGUCAAUCGCAGCUGCUUCCACCUGGAUUCUAAAGCCGGACGUCGGCGCUCUUGGCAGCGGAAGGUGACAGCCUGCAUGCCAUGGACCCGCUGCUGACCGCAGACCCGGAGAUGAUGGAGCGAGAGGCGGACAAGGAUGCGCGCAGGAAGAUCCAGUUCUCCGUGCCCUCCUCCGUGCCUCUGCAGCUGGAUCCCCGACAGGUGGAGAUGAUUCGACGCCGGAGGCCAACACCUGCCACUCUCUUCAAACUGACAGACGCCCCAUCACCAGAGGAAGACAGCAGCUCGCAACAGUGGGUUCUGGGUGAAAAUGGAGUCAUGAAAGCCCAACUGGUUCACAUGGCAACCUACCAGCCACCCUCACUUAAAGCUGUCCAGAUGAUGGCCGAGGCACACCUGAAGUCUCUCGACAGAGAGGAGCCCUCUUCUGGAGAAGAAGAGGAGCAACACGAUGAGGAGGAGAAGCAGCAGACAGCAUUAGGUAGUAAUUCCAGAGAGGAAAGCAAACCACUCACGGGGCUUUGUGACCUGCUGGGAAGUUCAUCCGUAACAGCCGAGCUCUACAAAGACGAGACCACAGAACCGGAGGAGGGAAAGGGAGAAUGACAUAAAGAAAGACAGAACUGGCAAAGAGAGUUUGCAGAGAACUCACCUGCGCAGCACAUGCAUUGACCUUUUUUUUUUUUUCCUCUCGUGUGAGUGGGUGUACGCAUGGGUUUGUUGGGCGACUUUUAGGUCUUCAGGUACGCGCCUGCAUGCAACGAUAAAGCGGAAUGUGGAAAAAAACGAGCUGAGGAAACACACGAUCGGAAGGAUAUAAAUUAGCCGAAAUGGGUUAAAAAUUAACCUGAGACUUGUGAAGGAAAACACGUCUCAGCCUGCCAAGAUAGCUGGAGAAACAUUCCAGAUCAGCUUUAAAUGCCCUCUAUUAGAAAAAGAAAAUUUAAUUGUCAAACGACGAAGGUCACAUUAGAUUUGCAGUUUUUUUACAAUUAUUAGUAUCGCUUUACUUUCUUCCUUAAAAAUCAGAAAUGGGGUCCUAAAGUUUAAAUGGUAGACACACCAUAUACACCAAAGUGCCAUAUAAGAAACUUACAUUUAUAUCAACGACAAAAAUCGUUACAAGACAUAAAUAUAGUCCUAGAUUAACCUGACUUUCACUCAGGAGCUGCAGGCUUUGAUGAAUGUUUGCACACAAGGUCGAUGAAAGAAAGAGGAUGGAUAGCAGAUGAUUACAUCUGCACAGCUGCCACAGUAAUCACGAUGAGGACUAAUCCAACUAAUUGAUGCAGCCAUUUUUAUCUGCUUUAACAUUAUGAGCAGGCUUUUGUAACAUAGCGAUUACAGCAAAUGGGAUCUGGUUGGGAAAGCACAUUUACCUGCUGGUAACUGAAGUUAAUCUUACAUGGUUAAACUAAUUACCUGAAAAGAGUGAACUUCUAACGGAUUCAUUCAUUUUUAACAAAACGACUCAAACAGGCUGUUGCUAUGAGUGGGAUUAAGAUCAUGUCUGUAGAAACUAUGCAAUAAAAUGUUUGAUUUCCUGCAUCUAA